UAACUGAAGCAGAUUAUUUUCAUGUCAGACCACGAUACACGCACAAAUUGAAGGUUAUUUGCAAAAUUGGUUUAAUCUCUAUAAUCACGAUUAUUUUCAUUUCUGUAAGUACAAAGUCAACUGAUCUCACCACACUUUGUUUUUUGCCUCCUGAUAUUAUCCGAUACGUUGGAUACAAAUAGCACCUAGCUACAAACAAUAAUCACGAAUCUUAACACCGAAAAUCUUUUGAUUUUACUGUUAUCUGCGAAUAUACUCGACUUCUGAUAAGCUGGAAAACAUUUUCAUUAAAAUGUAUUUUCAUUUUUAUAUUAUAUCUUUCUUAUCUUUAAUAAGAUGGAUAGGAUAUUGCUCCUUAAAUUCAAACCUAACAGCUGCAAUGUUCAUUGGUGGGAAUAUAGACCCGGAAAUUUAUAUGAAUAUUAGUGAGAUAAUACGUAGAGAAGGCUAUAUAGUUGAAGAACAUGAGGUUAUUACUGAAGAUUAUUAUAGUCUGUGUUUAAUCAGACUUUACAAGAACAAAACAAGUCAUAAGAGGAACAAAGUCAUUUUAUUACAACAUGGACUACUGGACUCAUCGCAUGCAUGGACAAUGAACUUGAAGAAUCAGAGUCUAGCAUAUAUUUUAGCUGACAAUGAUUAUGAUGUAUGGCUUGGAAAUAGCAGAGGUAGUACAUAUUCCAAAAAGCAUCAACGUUUUGAUUCAAGUCAAGCAGAGUUCUGGGACUUUACUUGGCAAGAAAUGUCUAACUAUGAUUUUCCUGCUACAAUUCAAUACAUCCUAUCCAUAACAAAAGUAGAAAGACUUACAUACGUUGGAUUUUCUCAAGGUUCACUUAUUGCUAUGACAGCACUGGAUGCUUUCCCAGAACUACAACAAUAUAUAAAUUUAUUUGUAGCAUUUGGCCCUGUUGGAUACUUUGCAAGUGUCGAGGGCGCCUUCCUUCCACUAGCUCAAAAUUAUAAGAUGCUUCAGUUCAUGAUGCGUUAUCUGACGAAUGGUGAAAUACUUCCUUCCAAUGACAUUUUAAAAUUUCUAGGGAAGUAUGUUUGCGGACUGGACCCUUACCUUUGCAUGUCAGUCAUUAAUAGUAUUGCUGGAAACGAUGGGUCCAACACUAAUCUGACACGUCUUCCACUGAUAAUCUCACAUUCCCCGGCAGGGACCUCAAUUAAAAAUCUUGUCCACUUUAGUCAGAUGAUCAAUAGUGGUCAGCUACAGAAAUUCGACUAUGGAGCUAGGUUAAAUAGACAAGUUUACGGACAGAGCAAACCACCUGAAUACACUUUACAAAAUUUUAAUGUCCCAACUGUAAUUUAUCACGGAGGAAAUGAUUUCUUAUGCACGAAGAAGAAUGUUGAAAGACUUAUGCGAAAAAUCAAUAAAACUGUUAUUUCAAUAAACUAUAUUCGUAAUUAUAACCAUUUAGGAUACUUCUGGAGUACUGAUGCCGUAAAUGUAAUCUAUUUCUCUCUUCUUAAAUUACUACAAAAUUAUUAAUUUCUUUUCCAAAAUAUAUUAAAGUAUUUUUGAGCAAAUUAAAAGGAUUUGAUUACUAGCUUUUUAACAUGCGGUAGUUUUAAAAGUGAUCUAGAAUAUCUUUAAUUGAUAAUACCUUAUGGUCGUCAAUACAAUGUUUUACUGGGUCGACUUCUUAGGAGUAAUUUAUUCUUUAUGACAGUCUUAUUAUGUACGAAGUCUGCGCUUGGUGACAAAAUAUUUAGUUAUUAGGCCCAAUUUACAUUAAGCAUUGUUCAUGCUAUCUAUCUAGUAUGUUUUAG